CUCAUGGUAACUCUCUUCAAUACAUUGAUAAAACUUUUUCAAUAUUUCACAAGGUUUUAUUCUAUAUUAGUGGGGUCGGAUGAGCGAAAAAGGUGUGGGGUAAAUCCUUCUGUUAUGAAACAUGGAUUCAGCUCUUCAAUACUUGUACUUCUGAUAAUACUCAGCUUCUUCUCCGUCGAUUGUCAUGAUGAACAACAGAAGAGUAGAUUUGAAAAGAUCAAAGAGGUCGUUGCAAAGAAUAUGCACAUCCUUGGACCAAUGCUUAAGACAGGGCCCAGUGAACAAAUGGUUGAUUUCUACUUAAAGGCUGAAGCAAAAAAGAAAAAGAGUAAGGAUAAUGAAUAUGACCUGAAGAAAGCAAAGUAUGCCGAACAAACCAAAAAGAUGUUCUUUCAUGCUUACGACAGUUACAUGAUGCAUGCAUUUCCUGCUGAUGAACUUAUGCCAUUGUCAUGUAAAGGAAGAGUUAGGGGACUAUCACAAAGCAGAGGUGAAGUAGACGAUGCACUUGGAAGGUACAUGUUGACACUCGUUGACACACUGGACACCCUGAUUGUGAUGAAGGAGUAUGAAAAGUUUGAAGAUGCAGUGAAGCUUGUGAUCCGAGGCCUGUCUUUUGAUACAGAUAUAACCGUUAACUUAUUUGAAGCAAAUAUCCGAAUAUUAGGGGGCUUGUUAGGAGGUCAUGCAGGAUGUCUAUACCUGCAAAAUAUUGGUAAAUUCACUUGGUAUUCAAACGAGUUGCUCUUGCUAGCUGUUGACCUAGCUGACAGGUUCAUACCGGCUUUUGAUACUCCUACAGGACUGCCAAUCCCCAAGAUAAACCUAAGACACGGCACGCACGGUGUGAAGGAUAACGAAACGUGCACAGCCUGUGCUGGUACCUUGUAUCUUGAGUUAGCUGCACUCAGUAGGUACACAGGUAACAGCUCUUACGAGGGGUACGCACGGGCAGCUCUUGAUUACCUCUAUCAGAAGAAAUUUAAAGCUAGUGAUCUGCCGGGCUCCACUAUAAGUAUCAACAGUGGUAACUGGAUUAGAAAAGAUACAGGAGUUGGGGCUGGGAUAGACAGCUACUACGAGUACAUAUUGAAAGGUUACAUCAUAUCAGGAGACAGUAAGUUGUGGGAUAUGUUCUCUACCCAAUAUGAAGCGACUAAGAAGCACUUGAAGAAAGGGAAGUACAUGACGUCCGUUCACUCUGGAGCCCCUCAGAACAGGGUUAAAGAACACCAAGAUGCCUUGCAGUCGUUUUGGCCUGGGUUGCAGGUACUUGCUGGUGAUGUGGAUGAGGCAGCAGAAGUUCAUGCUCACUAUAUAAAAGUUAGCUCUGUAAAUCAGAACACGCUUCCGGAGUCAUUUCUCGUGACUGGGCAAGUGUAUUGGCCGCAAUAUUAUAUGCGGCCGGAGCUCAUCGAAAGCAACUAUAUAUUGUACAAAGCCACUAGAGACCCUAAAUAUGUGGAUAUUGCUAUUACAAUAUUAAAUGCUAUCGAGAACAGGUGCAAAGUUGUUUGCGGUUAUGCUGCCUUAAAACAUGUGUCCAGCGGUGAACUUGAAGAUAGACUGGAUUCUUUUGUAUUGGCGGAAACAUUUAAAUAUUUCUACCUACUUUUCGCUGACGACGAAGACAUAGGGAUACCUAUAGAUGAUUACAUAUUGACUACAGAGGCCCAUAUAAUUCCUCUACACAUUCAGUUAUUUUCUAAUGAAAAGGUAAAAGCAAGCACUAAAGUAUGUCCUGAUAAAGGUAUAUACGCCUGGUCGUGGCUGCGGGACAGCAUAUUCAGAGGGUAUCUGGCGAACUCUGAGCGGGUCGAUAUAUCUCUACUGGACGAUCAACCCUACAAUUACAAGCCCAAAUCGAAAAAAUCAUCAAAGAUACCCAGGACAAUAACCGCAGCUCUGAAAGCGUCCAACUUCGACUAUAAAAACCCCGAGCACGUGGCUAUUUUACGAAGUAUGGGUAUCAUUAUCGAGUUUAUGGAUGGCGAGAAACUUCAGUUGGUCCACAACUCAGCAACUGCGUACUCUGACCAACUUGGAGUCGAGGGCAUGAUAUUCAUGAAGGAGAUAACCGAUCAUGCCAAGCAGAUGGCACAGGCCACUCAGCAGCAAGUAGUAGCCGCUAAGGAGGUGUUCGUACAAAGUUUACUGAACAAAGAAACUGCUACCUUUGAGGCUGGUAAAGCCCAGUUCGGUACUGAUCUGUCAAAUGGACUGAGAAUAGCGGGAACAGCGGAGGAGACUCAGCCUAGUGACGGCUGUGCUGCUAUUGUUAACCAACUAGCUGGCAAGGUUGCUGUUAUGUACAGAGGCAACUGCAUGUUCAUCGACAAGGUCCGGAACGCGGAACAAGCUGGAGCUAUCGGAGCAGUUAUUAUUGACAACGCUGAACCCGCCUCAUCAGGAGUACUGGCCAUGUCCGGGGACGGAACUGAUGACGUUAAAAUUCCUGCUCUCUUCAUCAACAAGGUUGACGGUACGAAGCUACUUAACAUGUACCGUAGAGAUCCCGCCAUGCUUAUUCUGGAGCUACGAGAACCGGCCAUCAUCUCACAAGAUGAAAAAUGUGGAAGUUAAUGAUGGUGGUCUCGGCCGAAUUCUAGAAUAAAAUAUACACUAAGUUUGUGAGGAUUGAAGCCAAAAGAUAAAGGAAUUCUUGGUAGGUAAAGAACUAAAGACUUGGGUCUUAGAUGGAAAUUUUAAUUUGUUUCGAUUUUAAGCAUAGUUGUGUAGACUCAAUCAUGUGGAAAUGGGUUAACAGUUUUGUGAUGGUUUUUAAAGCGAUAUAGAUAUUUCUUCUGAUUUCAUUUUAUGGUGGUAAUAACUAUUUUAGGUAAUAGCUAACUACAUUUUUAGAAUUUCUACUAGUUUUAUCACUUUAUUUACAGAUUUUUGUUUAAGCCUCAGCCUAUCUUUUUCUUUUCGCAGAUCUUGAAUCAAAUCAAAACCCUCGAGCAUGACAUGUUACCAUUCCAUACAUACCAAAACGUAAUGUUCAUGGUACAACAGAUUAUCACUAUUAUUAUUUGUCUAACAUUAAUAUUAAUUGCAGGACAUUUCUUGUUAAUUGUUUUGAAGAUAGUGUGAAUAUAAUGUGAAUGAUAUUUAAACUUUCAUAAUAAAA